GACAACAAGCCAAUUUUUUUUUUUUUUUUUUUGCAAGCUUGAACAAUGGGAGAGCUCUCAAAAUCGUCCGUUUUCUUCUCAGAUCAACAUCUCCGCUACGCCGAUAUUCUCCCUCCGAUGCAGGUUUUCCGUCCACAUCUCUCCUCUCUCGAUAUGUAUUUGGCUAUAUUUUACAGAUCUCGAUCGAAAUGGAGUAAUCUGUUCAGGUCCGAGCUAGAAUCGAAGUUGCAGUCCUGAACUUCCUGAGAUCCCUAACUUCCAGCUCUCCUUCGAUAUCAGAUCUUCCUCUGAUUAGUAGAAAUUCGAAGAAUAGCAGAGUUAGUCGAGGCCUUUUGACUGACGAGUCGUCUAUUUUUCUCUCGCAUACAUUCUGUAAGCUUUCGUUAGUGAGGGAGAAUACUGCCAGAGCUUUUGUGAGAGUGUGGAAGGUCAUGGAAAUGUGCUACCAAGUUCUAAGUCAAGAUGGGAAAAGGGUUACCCAGAGAGAGCUAUUCUACAAGCUUCUUUGUGAUUCUCCGGAAUAUUUCAAAUCUCAGUUGCAGGUCAACAGCACUGUCCAAGAUUUGGUAGCGUUGCUCCAGUGUAGUCGCUUCAGUCUUGGAAUAAUGGCUUCCAGCAGAGGAGCUGUUGCUGGCCGUCUUUUGCUACAGGAGCCAAACAAAGAGUUUGUGGACUGCUCUACUUGUGGAUCUUCCGGUUAUGCCAUUUCUGGGGACCUGAGCCUGUUGGGAAGAUUAGUUUUGAAGUCAGAUGCUCGAUAUAUCAUUGUAGUGGAAAAGCAUGCUAUAUUUCAGCGGCUCGCUGAGGAUCGGGUUUUCAAUCAACUCCCGUGCAUUCUAAUCACUGCUAAGGGAUAUCCAGACAUUGCCACUAGGUUCCUCCUUCAUCGGAUGAGUAGGACUUUUCCUGGCAUUCCAAUUCUGGGUUUGGUGGACUGGAACCCGGCUGGUCUAGCCAUACUGUGUACAUUCAAGUAUGGAAGCAUAGGGAUGGGCCUGGAAGCUUUUCGAUAUGCUUGCAAUGUAAAAUGGCUGGGGUUGCGAAAGGAUGACAUAGAGAAACUAGUGCCAGAAGAGUCUUUAGUCUCGCUGAAGCAGCGAGAUCUUCAGGUAGCCAAAAGCUUGCUAUCGUCCGAGGUUUUGCAGGACAAUUACAAAGAAGAAUUGUCAAUGAUGGUUGAGAGUGGUCAGAGGGCAGAAAUUGAAGCUUUCUACUUCCAUGGUUAUGAUUUCUUGGGGAAAUUUCUUGCCAGGAAAAUUGUGCAGAAAGAUUACAUUUGAACUCCAUUGUAUGCUUUUAGCUAUAUCCUCUAUGUAUUGAUUGUCUUGCGGGCACAAUUUAAAACCUUUUACAGAGUAGAACAAUUUCUUUUAUGCACAAUGGG